GAAUUUCUCGGUCGGGCUGUGUCAAUGCCUGAACUUUCAGUGCUGACCGGAAAUUCUGAUGUGUUUUCUCAUUUUGAAUACCGGGUCGGCACAUUAAGAAUAGUUUCAUAAAAUACAAUACAAAACAAAAAAAAAAAAAAACCAUUUAAAAAAAACCAUUUAAAAAAAAAACACAAAAACAAUAGCCGUCAUGUCGAAUCUGAAGCCAUGUAGCAGCGGCAACAGCAGCGGCAACAUGGUCAGUAAACAGAUGCCACCACGAUCGGGCCAAAUGGGGGAGACGAACAGUGCGAGCGGCAGCAGGAGCGUCAGGGAGAGUGGCAAUGGCAGUGUUAUCAGUGUCGAUCACCUAACCGAUCACAGUAGUUUACGUACAACCAGGUCACGCCCCCUGGCGCGACUGGAUCGUCUGCUACGCCGUUGGCUCCCCGGCUAUAAUUAUUUACGUGGAGCUAUUGCCAAUGCCAGCAGCGGCAGCGGCAACACUGGAAAUACCAUUGACAGGCCGGAAACGGAAACGCCGGCUAGAAGGCCAUCAUUGGCCGGAUCAGUGGAGCAACAAAGAUCCGGUCAUCAGGUAUCUGCGAUCUGCGUUGAGCCAACGUUGCCAGUCCGAAAGCGAAAAGAUGGCGAAGUACUUUUGGAUACGGGCAUUGCCAAAUCCGAGUUCUGCAUGAAGUUGGAAAAACUGCUGCGGGCCAAAUUAAUUGUCAAGGAUUAGCUGCACAUAUCCCCAGCAGUUAGAACAACAACAACAACAACAACAAUACAGAUUGACUAAGAUGGUAGUAAAAAACUAAGAGUUGACCAGUGUUGCAGUCGUUGUCAUGGAUUUGAAUAUGUAUUAUUAUUUCCGAUGAUCAUACGCCACAAAUUGCAGUUAAUAAAUUUUCAGAUGAUACAUUUUCGAGAUGAAAAGUUAGGGAUCAAUCGUA